AUGCGAUACACUAAUGAUUCCCUGCCUUUUCAAAAGCGUCACACCAAUGAUUCCCUGCCUGUUUCAAGGCGGUACACUAAUGAUACCCUGUCUGUUUCAAUGCGUCACACCAAUGAUUCCCUGCCUGUUCCAAUGCGUCACACCAAUGAUACCCUGCCUGUUUCAAGGCGGUACACUAAUGAAUCCCUGCCUGUUCCAAGGCGGUUCACUAAUGAAUCCCUGCAUGUUCCAUGGCGUCACAUCAAUGAUUCCCUGCCUGUCUCAAGGCGGUACACAAAUGAUACUCUGCCUGUUUCAAGGCGUCACACCAAUGAUUCCCUGCCUGUUUCAAGGCGGAACACUAUUGAUACCCUGCCUGUUUCAAGGCGGUACACUAAUGAUACUCUGCCUGUUUCAAGGCGUCACACCAAUGAUUCCCUGCCUGUUCAAAGGCGGAACACUAUUGAUACCCUGCCUGUUUCAAGGCGUCACACCAAUGAUUCCCUGCCUGUUCCAAGGCGGAACACUAUUGAUACCCUGCCUGUUUCAAGGCAGUACUCUAAUGAUACUCUGCCUGUUUCAAGGCAUCACACCAAUGAUUCCCUGCCUGUUCCAAGACGGAACACUAUUGAUACCCUGCCUGUUUCAAGGCGUCACACCGAUGAUUCCUUGCCUGUUUCAAGGCGGUACACUAUUGAUACUCUGCCUGUUUCAAGGCAGUACACUAAUGAUACUCUGCCUGUUUCAAGGCGUCACAUCGAUAAUUCCUUGCCUGUUUCAAGGCGGAACACUAUUGAUACCCUGCCUGUUUCAAGGCGUCACACCGAUGAUUCCUUGCCUGUUUCAAGGCGGUACACUAUUGAUACCCUGCCUGUUUCAAGGCGGCGGUACACUAAUGAUUCCCUACCUGUUCCAAUGCGUCACACCAAUGAUACCCUGCCAGUUUCAAGGCGGUACACUAAUGAAUCCCUGCCUGUUCCAAGGCGGUUCACUAAUGAAUCCCUGCAUGUUCCAUGGCGUCACUUCAAUGAUUCCCUGCCUGUCUCAAGGCGGUACACUAAUGAUACUCUGCCUGUUUCAAGGCGUCACACCAAUGAUUCCCUGCCUGUUCCAAGGCGGUACACUAUUGAUACCCUGUCUGUUUCAAGGCGGUUCACUAAUGAUACUCUGCCUGUUUCAAGGCGUCACACCAAUGAUUCCCUGCCUGUUCCAAGGAGGAACACUAUUGAUUCCCUGCCUGUUUCAAGGCGUCACACCAAUGAUUCCCUGCCUGUUCCAAGGCGGAACACUAUUGAUACCCUGCCUGUUUCAAGGCAGUACACUAAUGAUACUCUGCCUGUUUCAAGGCGUCACACCAAUGAUUCACUGCCUGUUCCAAGGCGGUACACUGUUGAUACCCUGACUGUUUCAAGGCAGUACACUAAUGAUACUCUGCCUGUUUCAAGGCGUCACACCGAUGAUUCCUUGCCUGUUUCAAGGCGGUACACUAUUGAUACCCUGCCUGUUUCAAGGCAGUACACUAAUGAUACUCUGCCUGUUUCAAGGCGUCACACCGAUGAUUCCUUGCCUGCUUCAAGGCGGUUCACUAUUGAUACCCUGCCUGUUUCAAGGCGGCGUCACACCGAUGAUUCCUUGCCUGUUUCAAGGCGGUACACUAUUGAUACCCUGCCUGUUUCAAGGCAGUACACUAAUGAAUCCCUGCCUGUUCCAAGGGGGUUCACUAAUGAAUCCCUGCAUGUUCCAUGGCGUCACACCAAUGAUUCACUGCCUGUUUCAAGGCGGUACACUAAUGAUACUCUGCCUGUUUCAAGGCGUCACAUCAAUGAUUCCCUGCCUGUUCCAAGGCGGAACACUAUUGAUAUCCUGCCUGUUCCAAGGCGUCACACCAAUGAUUCCCUGCCUGUUCCAAGGCGGUACACUAUUGAUACCUUGACUGUUUCAAGGCAGUACACUAAUGAUACUCUGCCUGUUUCAAGGCUUCACACCAAUGAUUCCAUGCCAUUUCCAAGGCGGAACACUAUUGAUACCCUGCCUGUUUCAAGGCGUCACACCAAUGAUUCCCUGCCUGUUCCAAGGCGGUACACUAUUGAUACCCUGACUGUUUCAAGGCAGUACACUAAUGAUACUCUGCCCGUUUCAAGGCGUCACACCGAUGAUUCCUUGCCUGUUUCAAGGCAGUACACUAAUGAUACUCUGCCUGUUUCAAGGCGUCGCACCGAUGAUUCCUUGCCUGCUUCAAGGCGGUUCACUAUUGAUACCCUGCCUGUUUCAAGGCGGUACACUAAUGAAUCCCUGCCUGUUUCAAGGCGUCACACCAAUGAUUCCUUGCCUGUUCCAAGGCGGUACACUAAUGAUUCCCUGCCUGUUUCAAGGCGUCACACCAAUGCUUUCCUGCCUGUUUCAAGGCAGUACACAUAA